AGCUUCGGGUCGUGCCGGUGCUUUCAGCACAGCGUAGCCAAGCAGGCGCCAGCCACUCACUACUUAACAAUAGUACCGUGUAUCCCAAUAAUAAAUACCAAAAUGUUAAACGACAGUUUAUAAAUUAACACAUGUUAUUUUUGAUAAUCGGUUCAUAUAGUUUCCAAAAUGCUGUCGAAUAGACGCUUGAUUGCCGUUUGUGUGUUUGUAACAUGUUGCAACGUGGGUCUUUUGGUGCUAUUCUACAAUCUGAGCGCGCACGAGAGGUGCUACGUCACGCUUGACGAGCAGUCGGUGAGAACGGUUGUUUCCAACGAGUUCCUCAGCGUCGGCAUCGACACAUCAGAAAUCGAGAAAUAUGACACAAUAGACUUUACAAAGCCGAGGUUUAGAAAGCUGGCAGCGGCGCUGGCGCCCGCGCGGCUCCGCCUCGGCGGCACCAUGUCCGACCGACUGAUAUUCAGCAAAGAGGAUGCCAUCCCUGGAAAAUCUUGCGAUCUACCGUGCCCUAAAAACUACUCCAAAUCCGUCUGCUCUUCAAUCCAUAUCUUAUGCGGCAAGCCCCAUCCUUUCUUCAUAAUGACUGGUAAGAAAUGGACUGACAUCAACGAGUUUUGUAAAGCGACGAAAAUGAGGCUUCUGUUCACCCUAAACGUAUUGCUACGCAACGACAGUGGUUGGUACGAUCAAAACGCUAUUGAACUACUAGAAUACUCCAAACAUAAAUACCACCACAUAGACUGGCAGCUAGGGAAUGAACCUAAUUCCUUUCACCAUGUUUUUAAUGUAAGUAUCACCCCCCAAGCCUUAGCUCAAGAUUUUAAGCACCUCCGUAAGCUUCUUAAUCAUUACCGCUACAAGCACUCUAUGCUAGUUGGCCCUGAUACUACAAGACCUCAGGAGAGCCGACCGGAAUGUCUGCGCUACAUGGUUGAUUUCCUUUCAAAUGGCUCUGACUACAUAAAUGCUAGGUCUUGGCAUCAAUAUUAUUUAAACAGCAGAACAGCCAAGUUGGAAGACUUCUGGAAUCCAGACACGUUUGAUUUGCUAAAGAGCCAAUUAAAAACUAUGCAUGACCACACAACACAGUACAAAAACAUACCAAUGUGGCUGACUGAGACAAGUAGCUCAUAUGGUGGAGGUGCCCCAGGUUUGUCAGACUCUUAUGCAGGUAGCCCACUAUGGUUAGACAAGCUGGGCCUGGCAGCCACCUACAAUGUGACCACAGUUGUAAGACAAAGUUUCUUUGGAGGCAACUACAGUCUAGUAGAUAAACAGUUUAACCCACUCCCCGAUUGGUGGGUAAGUGUCAUAUACAAGAGACUAGUAGGUAACAAGGUGUUACAAGUAAACUGUAAGUGCUCACGCUUCCAGCGAAUGUAUGCUCAUUGUACAAACAGAAAAUAUACCAAUGACACAACAGCAGUGACUAUUUUUGCUGUAAAUUUGGAAAUGGCUAAAGCGAAAUUUCUUCUAAACGGAACUGCUUUGCAUGGAGAUAAUUUGUCUAUUGAUGAGUAUAUUAUUCAUGCUCCAUCCAACAAUAGACAAUCUAAGACAAUUUUAUUAAAUGGAUGGCCAUUGUAUUUUGAGUCUUCGAUGCCUGAACUAGAGCCGAUCCACAUAAAGUAUGGGAAUCAUAUUUCAAUGCCGCCUUAUUCCAUCGCAUUUUGGGUGAUCAGGAAUACAUCUAUUAAGGUGUGUAAGUGAACAUCGUGUAGUGUUAGGCAAGGUUUUAGUGAUCAGUGAUCAAAAUUUGGUACUCUUUGUGUUGUGUAUCUACAGUUUUAUGACUUUUGUGAUGUAUUUUAAUGAUUUGUGACUUAAUGUGAGGAAUUCAAUUUUCAUUUCAUUCCAGUGUUUUUGUCUUCAUGUUUUAUUUGUUUAAAUGGAUGUCUUUAAACUGAACAUUUACUUGCCUUUUUGACAUGUAUGUUUUUGGAGUCUCGGUACCUGUAAUUUAUUGCUUAAGUGUAAUUUGAUCUGCUGUUGAACAGAAUUUUCGUGAUUAGAAAGUUUCCAUUUUAUGGCAGCUCAUAACUCAUAAGACAUAAUUAUGUAAUUUGAAUAAAAUGUCUGUUACAGAAAAAUCAUAGAGCACAAUCGUGAAACUAAAUCUGUGGCAAAAUGUAUAUACACGAUGAUUUUUAAUCGGUGAUCAGGAGUAGAAAAAUAUUAAUAUCUAGCCCAACUUAAACUUAUUAGGGUAGAUCUCACGCAAUUAUCUCAUUGUUUGAUUAAUUAAAAGUUAAAACAUAAUUAAAACUAAUAACCACUAAAUACAUGGUUAUCGUAUAAGAAGUAACUAUGUCAAGUGCCAUCAAUAUGGCGGGAAAUUUGACGGAUCUAUGACUUUGUUUAUGCAUAUGACAAUGACAAGUUAUUACUCAUAAAUUAUCAAUUGCCAUUAAGUUUGUAAAGAGGCUAUAACUGAUAGAUACCGAUUAGUAGUGACAAGGAUUUUAGGAUAUAAUUGAUCUCAAAAUAAAAUUAUGAUAAAAAAACAAGUUUCUUUCCUUGUAAUUACGACUUCAACGUGAUCUACAUCAAUUACUGAGUUAGAAAAAAAUGUUCCUGAUUACCGAUUAAAAAUCAUCGUGUAUGAUUCUAUAUUUAUUCUAUAUUUAUAAUGGUAUUAUAUUUGCGCACAAGAAAUUGCAGUUGUGAUUAACUCACAAAAAAACCAUUAAUUGUGAACUAGAACAAACUUUUAGGGUAGACUUAAUAAGAUUCAUUUGUUCUAAAUGCAGUGCAGUUUCUUAUUUACCCUAUGUAAGCUCAUUAGAGCUGCUUUAUAGUAAUUCUAGCCAUUGUAAUCGCUCCUUGACCACUCAUAAUCAAUGUUCUUGAUGCGACAUUGAACUCUUUUGCAUUUGAUAACAAACUAAUAUUAUACCUACAUUGUAAUCUCGUGGAACAUCCACCCUUUAAACUUAAAGUUCAUAAUUCUGUAGCUUUUCUUGGAAGUAUUAAGGGGGUCAAUAAACCUCACCGAUAAUUAUAUUGCGGCAUUUGAUCGAUCGAUUGAAUUUGUUGCACCUACUUAGCCAGUAAUGAUCUAAAAUCGCAUGCCUUUUGCAAGAUCUAUAAAGGCCUUACACACGUGUGGUAUUAAAAUAGAAACGCUUGCUGGUUGACAAUAGAUUUUUUUAUACAAUAUUCGUCGUUCUGGUUGUCAAUAAAGCUCUAUUAGCAUAAAGAUACAUAAAAAAAUUGUGGGCUUUUGGUUUGCACUAGUUUAGAUAAACUUUAUGUUGUCUAAGUAGGCUCAGUUGAUACCGAAUGGCUCUCUUUGCUUUGCUUACUUGGGCUUAAACUAUAGGUAUACGAAUCAAUUUGUGUACCAAACUAUUACCAGCGCCUAUUACAGCGCACAUACGCACAUUAAGCCGAGAUUCUGUUUACUUUUUUGUUAUAUAUUAAUUAAGGAAGUUUCGUUAUCAUCAAAUUGAUGGAAUUUUGUAUUGGCUUCAUACCAUUUGUCCUAAGUAUUUUAAUAACACAGAAAAAAAGGUGUAUCGAAUUUAAAAUCAAAGCUAGUUAAAAUUGAAAUCUUAUAUGUCUUCAGCAUAUGUAUUGAAAUUGGCGGUUGGCUGUUGCAUUGAGCUUGAAGGUUGCAAUUUUUCUCAAGUACUCGUACUGCAUCACUUUAAAAUGAACCUUAAUAAAAGGUACUAAAGCUACUUUUAACUUAUCCAGCAUUAUUCUUGGUGGUGACACGUGUAUCAUUUUCUCAACAAUCUUAUUCUGUUAUUGGAAUUUGAGCUUUGUUAAGAAUGGUUGAGAGAUAAAUUUGAGUUGAACCGUGUAUGAUAGUGAUUGCAACUGUGCACUUGACAUUUGGCAUGGAUGUUUACUUGUUUAGUUCCGAGUGCCAUUUGUUACUAUUAUUGUAAAUAAUAUGACUGGUGGUCGAUUACGACCCUUUGUAGUAGUCAGAUGGACUUGAAAUUUAUUACCUACAUAUUUAAUACACCUAACGCGAAAAUAGAGAAAUAUUACGGAGCGUUUUACCAGAAAAUACCACAUUUGUAUUGCUUAUAGCUGAAUGUGCCAAUUUCGUGUUGUCGGAUGAAGGCUCUAAAAAUGAUGACAACGCACGUCUUGGCAAUAAUAAUGUGAAUUUUCGUGAGCCUGAAUAUUCAUACUAUUUGCAAGUGCUGUCAACUAUUAAAUUAGGUACUAAUGUAAUCCGUGGCCACAAGGCGGUGUCAUAUUCAUACACAUAGCCAAUAUGAUCCAAAGUGAACGUUAGUGCCUUGAACAGCAAUACAUUGUAGGUUGCAUAUAAAUUACCUACUUAAUAUUUUAUGUAGAUUAAAAUUAAUACUAAAAGCUGAAAAAAUAGAGGUACUAAAUAAUACACUGUGAAUAAAGUACCCUACCUACGUACUUAACACGUUCACUGUCCCCAUACAAAGUGAUAUGACAAAGUCACACGUCCAAGUGUGCUUUCACUUUGAAGUGUUGUGUUUUGUGAACAUCACGAAUAAAUAUCUUAAUUUUAUCUAAGUUGUAAACCCAUAGUGGAAGCACGGAUUCUUAAAAAAUGCUUCAUGACCCUGCAUUUGGGGCACCUUUUAAACUGCUCCUCGCUUAUUUUAGCAAGGUGGAUUCUGCCAAUGUCGAGGUGUAGACUUUUGACUGGUGAGACGAUAAUGUCCGGUUUUUUGAUUUUUGUGGAAGGAUAUAGACUGAUAAAAAGUAGGUACCUAUUUACAGUGGCGAUGGCGUUUUUCAAUUAAAAAGUCGCUACAAAUUAAACUCGUGUUCAAGCCGUAUGAGAACAAUAUUUUAUUUGACCGUUAACUACCCGGCAUUUACAGACGUUGACGUAAUGUAGAUUACUUUCAAUGUCAAGUCUUUCAUUAUAAGUAAAACUUUGUAAACAAAGUUAAUGAGGCUAUAUUAUGAACGACCAAUUAUAUGUCUUAGUUUAGGUUUACAGAUGGGUCACGACAUUGCUUUGCCAAUCACAUGAGGCAAAUUUAAAUAGGUACGUUCGUGUUUAAUACGAUAUCCCGCGUAAUACACCAUUUUACAUAAAUUCCUACAACGCUCACCCGCGGUAAGAUGCGUUAGUGACUGUACUUCAUGUGAAUUUGGUAACUAUUUAAGUACCUAUUUCGAUUCUUACGAAAGCCACUUGAGUGACCAAAUAUGUAGCACAGUCAGCCAACAAAAAUGUUAGUUUUUUAGAUGAAAUUAUUCUCAAGUUUGGCAAAUAGCAAAUACCUAAGAUAAGACGAAGGUAAAGUAGUAAAGCGGGUGUUCUAUCUUAAAAUGACAAUCUUCUAGGUAUACUCGUACGUAACAUUUUUAUAAGUACUUAGGUACCUAUUAAAAAAAAUAACGCUAUUUUCUGUCAACUACUGCCUUAUUGUAUCUACCUAUUAUCUUACAAGUAUGUAUUCGUUGGCCUUGGAAUAAAAUGUAUUUAACCCAACAAGUGGUAUUUUAAACCUGAAUAAAUAUAUUAAUAUUUAAAUUCCAAAUGUAAUGUUUCGAGGUCAGAGUAUAUAUUAAAGUAACGAAAUUUCGUAAGUAUACAAUACAAAUGGAUACAUUUUAUUCCAAAAUGAACAAAAAUAGUACCCAUUUUUGCUGCUCUUUCCUAUAUGUUUUGUACAAAAAAUAGUUUUUAAUUGUCUGUUUACACGAUCUUAUGGUAUUUUUAUUUUUUUUUAUUCAUAAGUUAAGUCAGAAGUUUUUUGUCGUGUGCUUAUUAGAAUAUUCGGUGCCUAAUGUAAGACUGAUUAGCGUACAAUAAAGUCGACUGUAUUUUAAAGCAAUCUCGUAUGCAUCGCAUGCAAUGCAUAUCAAACUUGCAUCUAAAUACAUUCAAAACGGUAACCGAACAUGCAUUUAUGUUAACGGAACUAACGUUUUUGUAAGAAAAUAAACUCUCCGCCAAAAAACCGCUCCCAUACAAUUGAAAUUACGGUCUUAUUUUUAAACCAAGAACAUUCCCAUGUACAUUCAAGUAACAUAUCUAAUACCUUUAAACGAGCAAUUCUUGUAUCUUAUACCUUUAAAGAAGCAAUUCUUGUUUAUUUAUAUACCGGGUGUGGCCUGUAACAUGAGCAAAUAAUUAAAACAUAGAUUGUACUCAAACUCAAACGGUGACACUUUUGUUCAACAAGUUUUACAAAUUAUGAAGUAUUUAGACUCCCUGUUUUUCAUACAAAAUAAAUAUUAUCUUCAAUGGACGCCAUCGCCAUGCCAUAUCAUUGUGAUUGACGUUGCUUGUCACGCCUCAAACAUAACAAAAUUCGCAAUACAUUGCGUCUUAGAAUAAAUUUAAAAAGUGUAUUAAAAAUUAAACCAAGUUAUUUUUAAAAGUCGCUGAACAAAUGUUGGCCAGUAUGAGGAGUGCAGCCUAUAGUUUAAUUUUUUGCUCAUGUUACAGGCCACACCCGGUAUAUAUAUAUUUCGGGGAUCUCGGAAACAGCUCUAACGAUUUCGAUGAAAUUUGCUAUAUGGGGAUUUUCGGGGGCGAAAAAUCGAUCUAGCUGGGUCUUAUCUCUGGGAAAACGCGCAUUUUUGAGUUUUUAUAUGCGUUCCAAAUUUUUUAUUUAAUACCUUCAAGUAAAAACAAAAGCGGCCAAGUGCGAGUCGGACUCGCCCAUGAAGGGUUGGGUUCUCUAGUAGACUAGAUCUCGUUCAAAUCAAUUUUCGGUGGAAGUUUGCAUGGUAAUGUACAUCAUAUAUUUUUUUUAGUUUUAUCAUUCUCUUAUUUUAGAAGUUACAGGGGGGGGGGGGCACAUUUUACCACUUUGGAAGUGUCUCUCACGCAAACUAUUCAGUUUAGAAAAAAAUGAUAUUAGAAACCUCAAUAUAAUUUUUGAAGACCUAUCCAUAGAUACCCCACACGUAUGGGUUUGAUGAAAAA